UCAUCGCUGCUGCCAGGUCCAGGUCUGUCAUGGGUCCCUGUACGGCACCUACCCAUAAUGCUCCUGUCUUCCAUACGCCACCACUCUGCCCCAUGUUGCCACUUUCAGGUCUCCAUCACACUGCUGGUGUGUUGAAUUUUUUGACAUAGGGUGCUGGCAGAUUACGGGCCUCCCAUAGCUGCUGCCAGUUGGCAAUGCCCCUAAUCUGGGCCAUGGCCCCUAUACACCGCCUCCUCAUGCUGCUGCAAGUCCAGAGUCUGUUCAUGGGUCCCUGUACGGACUCCCAUUGCUGCUGUCUCCAUCGCCACACUCUGCCAUAUUGGGGCCACUUUCAGGUCUCCUCACUACUGCUGGUGUGUUGAUUUUUUGAC